AUGGAGUCAACGAGGCUCCAACUGCGGAGAAGAGAAGGGGUGGGAGAGACGCAGGAGAAGGUAGUCUGUGGAGAAGGAGACGGUAAGAUGCACAGAGCCCCAGACUUGGUGCAAUGGACCCGACAUAUGGAGGCUGUGAAGACCCAGUUCCUGGAGCAGGCUCAGGUACAGCUGGCAGAGCUGCUGGAUGGAGCCAUGUGGGAGGCUGUGCAAGCCUACCCACAGGAAGACAGACCUCUGCCCUCCACUGCCCCAGAUAAUACAAGCAAGACCCGGGAGUUACCCCAUGUGAGACGGAAGGUUUUUAUCACCCGAAAGUCACUGCUCGAUGAGCUGAUGGAAGUGCAGCAUUUCCGAACCAUCUACCACAUGUUCAUCGCGGGUUUGUGUGUCUUGAUCAUCAGUACCCUGGCCAUCGACUUCAUUGAUGAGGGAAGGCUGAUGCUGGAGUUUGACCUACUCAUCUUCAGCUUUGGACAGCUGCCCUUGGCGCUGAUGACAUGGGUUCCCAUGUUCCUGUCCACUCUGCUAGUGCCCUACCAGACCCUGCGGCUGUGGGCCAGGCCUCUAGCUGGGAGCUCCUGGAUGCUGGGGGCUGGCCUGGGCUGUGUUCUGCUGGCUGCCCACGCAGCAAUGCUCUGCAUCCUUCCAGUCCACAUGGCGGUGAAGCAUCAACUUCCGCCUGCCUCAAGCUGCGUGCUGGUCUUUGAGCAGGUCAGGUUCCUGAUGAAAAGCUACUCUUUCCUGAGAGAGACUGUCCCUGGGAUCCUUUGCGUCAGAGGUAAGGGUAUCGGUGCCCCUAGUUUCUCCAGCUACCUCUACUUCCUCUUCUGCCCUACACUUAUCUACAGAGAGACAUACCCCAGGACACCCAGCAUCAGGUGGAACUAUGUGGCCAAGAACUUUGCUCAGGCCCUGGGCUGCAUGCUCUAUGCCUGCUUCAUCCUGUGCCGCCUCUGUGUCCCUGUCUUUGCCAACAUGAGCCGGGAACCCUUCAGCACCCGUGCUCUGCUGCUCUCGGUCCUGCACGCCACGGGCCCAGGCAUCUUCAUGCUGCUCCUCAUCUUCUUCGCCUUCCUGCACUGCUGGCUCAACGCCUUCGCCGAGAUGCUGCGAUUUGGAGACAGGAUGUUCUACCGGGACUGGUGGAACUCUACUUCCUUCUCCAACUACUACCGUACCUGGAACGUGGUGGUCCAUGACUGGCUGUACAGCUAUGUGUAUCAAGACGGGCUGUGGCUUCUGGGCAGGCGGUCCCGUAGGGCGGCCAUGCUGGGCGUGUUCCUGAUGUCUGCGAUUGUGCACGAGUACAUCUUCUGCUUCGUCCUGGGGUUCUUCUACCCCGUCAUGCUGAUGCUCUUCCUUGUGUUUGGGGGGCUUCUGAACUUCACCAUGAACGACAGGCACACGGGUCCAGCCUGGAACGUCCUGAUGUGGACCUUGCUCUUUCUGGGCCAGGGCAUCCAGGUCAGCCUGUACUGCCAGGAGUGGUAUGCUCGGCGACACUGUCCCUUGCCCCAGACAACAUUCUGGGGGCUGGUGACACCUCGAUCUUGGUCCUGCCAUCCCUAGAAGUCAAUGCACCACACUUAGAUGAUGACGUCAGCUCUUCUCUACCUGUCAAGCCCAGGGCCAGGGCUCCUCACUGCACUCCCCUACCC